AGCGAGGUUAUUUGUGUAGAGUUUGUCACUGAUUGUGUGCGCAUGUUCGGAGGCUGCGAGUUGCAAUUGUUUGUUACCAGGCUUUGAGGCACAGACUGCGGGUAACCGGCCGGCUGUUGCGGCCCGCAAUGUGGGCGGCCGAGGAACGGAGGCCGCUGUUGGGCCCAGGGGCUUGCGAAGGGAGCCGGGUGUUCGGGCGCCGCUGGCUGGUGCUCGGUGUUUUCUCGCUGCUCGGCUUCGUGCAGGGCCUGGUGUGGAACUCAUGGGGCCCGAUCCAGAACUCGGCCCGCCGCGCCCUCGGCUUCAGCACCCGCGAUAUCAGCCUGCUUGUGUUGUGGGGGCCCAUCGGCUUUCUGCCCUGUAUCCUCUUCACCUGGUUAAUGGACAAGCGGGGUCUGAGGCUAACUGUGGUUCUCACUGCCUUGCUAAUGAUGCUUGGCACCUUGCUGAGAUGUAUUCCCAUGAAUAAUCAAUUAAUCAAAAGAUGGUUGAUCCAUACAGGACAGCUGCUGAAUGGAUUAGCUGGUCCUGUUGUUGUGAAUGCACCUCCAUUUCUUUCAACAACCUGGUUUGCACCAGAUGAGAGGGCUACAGCCACUGCCAUUGCCUCACUAUUCAACUACUUUGGAGGGGCUUGUGCGUUUUUGGUGGGCCCAUUUGUAGUUCCAGCACCCAAUGGUACUACUCCGUUGCUCACUGCCUCCAGUAAUAGCAAUGAAUCCAUAAAGGAACGUAUCCAAAUAUUGCUAUAUGCAGAGUUUGCUGUGACAGUUUUCCUGUUUGCUGUUGUGAUCGUUUGCUUCCCAUCCCACCCUCCUCUUCCACCGAGUAUAGCUGCUGCAAGCCAGAGGCUGAACUACAGAACCAGUAUCUGCAGACUUCUUGGCAAUUUCAGAUUUUUAAUGAUUGCAUUGGCCUUUGCAAUGCCUCUAGGUAUAUUAUCAGGCUGGUCAGGUGUGCUUGAUGUAAUUGUAACGCCACUCAAGGUAAAUCAGGUUGAUGCUGGUUGGAUUGGGUUUUGGUCAGUUAUUGGUGGCUGCGUUGUUGGAAUAAUAGUUGCAAGGUUUGCAGAUUUCUUCAGAGGAAUAUUAAAACUCAUUCUGUUGCUGCUUUUUUCUGGAGCCACACUGUCAUCUGCAUGGUUUGCCCUCACUUGCUUCAACAGUGUCACUCAUCUGCCGAUAACAAGAGCAACUUUAUAUACAUCGUGCAUCUUAACUGGAGUAUUCAUAACGAGCAGUGUUCCCUUCUUCUUUGAACUCUUUGUGGAGACUGUGUAUCCAGUGCCAGAGGGGAUAACUUGUGGAUUUGUCACCUUUUUAAGCAACGUCUUCAUGGGAUUAUUAUUAAUGUUUCUGGCAUUUUAUCAUACAGAUGUUUCCUGGCUCAAUUGGUGCCUGACUGCAUCGUGUAUGUUCAGUCUUAUCCUCAUUCUGUUGUUCAAGGAAUCCUAUGAUAGACUCUACCUUGAUGUUCUUGUCUCCGUUUGAUGUUGUGUCGACAAAAGAAGUGGAUGAAUUUUAAACUCCCCAAGGAAUUGAGUUGCACAAUCGUUAGGAAUUGCACUUUUUCCAAAACAGAAAUGGACAAACUCAAACUUGUAGCUUUUUCCACUGGUGUUUUUGUUUUAAUUCAAACAUGAUGACAUCAAUUAAAAUUAUUAAUAUUGUAGGAUUUGCAGUGUGUGUGAAACAAUAAGCUGAUGUGUGUGUGUUCUGUGAAUGAUGGACUGUUUUAAGAGUGGAAGUGUCCUGGUACUGAUGAUGCAAUCAAUGCAGACAAAACAAGUGGUGGACGACAGUUUAAAAAUUCUCUACAGCUACCACAGUUGAACAAUCAUACUUUCGAUUUUAUUGUGGCAAAUGCCUUUCUUGAGGCUGAAGAAGGCAAUUGUGAAGAAUUACUAUUUAAUGCAAUUGAGUAGGAAAGGUUAGUGAUACUUGUAAUAUCAAGUAUGUUCUUCCUGUUAUCAGUUUAAGUUGUACUGCAUGGCAAAGUUGACAAGAUAGGAUCAAAUCAGAAUUAUUAUGUUGACUUGACCCAACAUUAGAUGGGCAUAAGGUUAUUACAGAAUGUACUGUACUGGAAUUGCCAAUGGGAAAAUGGUAGUAAAGUACUGAAUGCAAAGUAAUAGUUUCUGUUUACACAAAUAAUUAUCUCCUCAGAGAUUUCAGCAUCCAGUCACUGUUUACUAGCGUAUCACUAUUAUUUUCUCAGUUGGUUGUACUUUUUGGGUUUUUUUUCCUCUGGCACAGUCUAGUUUGGUUGUCACUAGCCAGUAAUCACGAGCAACUGAUGAGGGAAAGAAUUGCUAAGCACAAAAGAAAUCGGGUGCACUGACACCAAGAGAUACAUUAAUGCCAUGCAUUCCCUCGCCUCACUUUAUGUGGAGAUUCUGCAGUCACUUGCGAAAGAAUUGAGUGCUUUCCUUCACAACUUGAAAUUAUUCAUUAAUUGGAGUUCUGACAGCAUAUUUUGGGGACUGUGGUAGUUUUGUCCCAGCAAUUAUGUUCUUUUUCUAUUUCAAUUUGUGUCAUUUUGUUUCCACUUUUUUUUGACUUAAAUGUUUUCUAAAAUUCUGAUAAAAUUCAGUAAAGAAUGAGGAAUAGUUAUUUCUUAACAACAACAUCCAAACAGGAACUAUAGAUCGAUGCUAGAUAGAGGUUCAGAAGUUUGUCCAUCUUUUUCUACAGAAUUUGAAUAUCAGAUGCUGCUAUCAAGAGUGAAAGAUGAGUUGAAAUAUAUUCUUAAAAAAGAGUAUAUUACCCACGUUAUUUCCCUGUUGCAUGACCAAUUUGAACUGUUAAAGGCAAAGGCAAUUUUUCUAAUGUAAGCUAUUUUAAUUUUUUUUUAAAUUGCACUUGUUCUGCAUUGUAGGGAGUUGGCAGUGAAAGAGAAGCAGUUAAUCUGUUUUCAGAUCCCCUUAAUUAUACUCUUACAUUAUAUAAUUUUUUUUCAUGUGUCAAGUGCCCAGACUCCAGCUUCUUAUGAAAGUAGUUCUCUUUCAUCCACCCACUCCCCGUCCACCUCCGCACCAAGAUUAGAGAGUGAAGUACAAUAUCUUUGCCAUUAAAUUUAAUUCAGGUGUUAAAAUGUAUAUGAAGAGAAUGUAUGAUAUUCUACCCUUGUGUUGUAUGUAUUCCACUCUCCCCCUACUCUGAUAUUAGGAUAUACCUCAGCAUUUCAAAGAUUAACAAUUUUUAAGAAUGAAAUAUUGGUCUUUACUCAUUCAAUUUUACCAACCCUUUACAAAUUUCGAUUUGUAGUAGAUUUUGUCUUUCUGCUUGUCUUAUCCUUAGGUGGAUAUUUUGUUUUGUAACUGUUGUCUAAAAUUACAAUCAUAACUGUUUUACUUUUAAGAAUUGUGUUCUGAAGAUGAAGUUGCAUUAAAUAUUCUAAGAUUUGCUACUGUAGGCAAAGUAUAUUUCUCAAAUUAUAAUAUUUGUAAACUGGCCUUCUGUCAAGUUGUUUUUAAACCAUUGCACAAUGUACUGUAUCUAUCUCUGAAGAAUUAAAAUGUACCUUUUCUGUG